AUGUCGCUGGAAUGCAUAUAUGUUGUUCGUCAUGGAUUCCGCGGGGCCUGGAACGUCGAUCCUAGGACGGGAGUCUACUCGACCACAGUUCCUACGCCAACGGGCAUCGCGGCUGAUCCGGCGCUUACUUCCCACGGGACUCGCCAGGCCGAGGAGCUCGGCCAUCACUUGAUGACGCUUAACCCGCCUAUUGAUGCCGUGUAUUCAAGUCCUUACUAUCGCUGCCUCCAGACGAUUUCCCCCUUUGUGGAGCUCCGCCGCCGCCAGGUAGAAGCAUCAUCGGGGGCACCGUCUUCUGAUGGCGCGGCUGCCUCUGCGACCUCCAUCCGGCCAGAACAUGGCCUGGGGGAAUGGUACGGCCUUGCCCCCUUUGACCACCCCCAGCCUGCGUCAGGGAAGGCCCUCAAGGAUAAAUUCCCAGCCAUAUGUGAGGACUACAGCUCAACCACGCAUGCGCCUAUCAAGGGGGAGACGUUGGCACAGCUCUACGAGCGGAUAGCGACGUCGGCCCGCGCCAUUAUUGAGCGCUGCGAUAAUGAGGGAAAGAGGGCAGUGGUGCUGUGCACACACGCCGCUGUGGUCAUCACCCUUGGGAGAGUAUUGACAGGUUGCAUCCCCGAUGAUCCCUCAGUGCAGGAUUUCGGUGCCUUCACCUGUGGCCUGAGCGUCUUCAGGAGACCAGCUGCCGCCACCGGUGGGGAGAAACAGCAGCAGGGCCAAGUCCAGCGUCGGCAGGCAGGGCCGCCUGUAAGGGAGGGAGAAGUAACCCAUGUAUCGGAUGCAGCACCAGCCAUUUCGGAUGAAGGCAAGGAGAGACCGAGCUCCUUGGAAGUGGUUCCACCAUGGCGUUGCGAAUCAAACAGCGAUUGCAGUUUUCUAAGUUCAGGAGCAGAAAGAGGAUGGAUGUUCUUUGGCGACGAGUCGUUUCUCGAACUGGGGCCCACGUCUCAAGCUCCAAGCUUCGGCACGAAACUAUAG